UUAGCAGCCCAAAAGAAAAGAGAAACGGAUCAGCUGGGUUUUUUCCCUGGAACUGGCAGCCGCACAUUCAUUCAUUCUUUCCUUUUCAUUUUUUUUAAGUUAGCCGCAGCAUGCUCUACGAUUCUUUCUGUUCCUGAAAUCAAUUAGCCGCAACAGAGUUUAUUUCCAUUCUUGCGUUCUGUCCUUAGUGAAUCAGCCGCACCAGCAAGAAAGAAAAUCAGAACGGUUUCUAAACUGCACUCCUCUUUCAAUUUUCUCCAAGUUAAUUUAGAUUUCAAACAUUCAUUUAUUCGGUGGAAGAUGGCGACCCAGCGACUGUGCCUGCGAAUGAAGAAAGAGGAUCUCUGCGCUUGAAGCAACCCAGCUAUCUCCUCAUAAAGCAUCUGGUUAUGGCAACUCUUGGUGAUGAUUUCUUAGCAGAUUUGGAUGAAUUAUCUGACAAUGAAGCUGAUAUUCUUGAUGACGCAAAUGGGGAAGCUGAACACAUGGAUGAAGAUGUUGAUGGUGAGCUAGCCGAUAUAGAAACACUUAAUUAUGACGAUCUGGAUAGCGUCUCUAAAUUGCAGAGGACGCAACGUUAUAUCAACAUUAUGCAGAAAGUAGAAGAAGCACUGGAAAAGGGUUCGGAAAAUUCAGAUAAAGGGACAAUGGUUCUGGAAGAUGAUCCGGAGUACCAGCUUAUUGUUGAUUGUAAUGCAUUGUCGGUUGAUAUUGAGAAUGAAAUUAUAAUAAUCCAUAAUUUCAUACGUGAUAAGUACCGUUUGAAAUUCCCAGAGUUGGAGUCUCUGGUUCACCACCCGAUUGACUAUGCCCGGGUGGUUAAGAAAAUUGGGAAUGAGAUGGACCUCACCCUUGUUGAUCUUGAAGGGCUGUUGCCUUCAGCUAUUAUCAUGGUGGUUUCAGUUACAGCAUCAACUACAAAUGGCAAGCCACUUCCUGAAGAUGUCUUGCAAAAGACGUUAGAAGCAUGUGAUCGUGCGUUCACUCUGGAUUUAUCAAAGAAAAAAGUCCUUGAUUUUGUGGAGAGCCGAAUGGGUUAUAUUGCACCGAACCUCUCUGCUAUUGUAGGAAGUGCUGUUGCUGCAAAACUCAUGGGGAUUGCCGGUGGGCUUUCUUCGUUAGCAAAGAUGCCUGCUUGUAACGUGCAACUUCUUGGUGCUAAAAGGAAGAAUCUUGCUGGGUUCUCCACGGCGGCGUCCCAAUAUCGAAUUGGAUAUCUCGAGCAGACAGAAAUCUUUCAGACCACUCCUCCGUCUCUUAAGAUGCGUGCCUGCCGACUGUUGGCUGCGAAAUCUACCCUUGCGGCACGUGUGGACUCAACAAGGGGAGAUCCAACAGGGAAAACUGGACGAUCUCUAUUAGAAGAGAUCCGUAAGAAGAUUGAGAAAUGGCAAGAGCCACCCCCUGCGAAGCAGCCUAAACCCCUUCCCGUUCCAGAUUCCGAACCUAAAAAAAAAAGAGGUGGGCGCAGACUAAGAAAGAUGAAAGAAAGGUAUGCUGUUACAGACAUGCGGAAGCUGGCGAACAGAAUGCAGUUUGGUGUGCCUGAAGAGAGCUCAUUGGGGGAUGGUUUGGGUGAGGGAUAUGGAAUGCUUGGUCAGGCAGGAAGUGGUAAAUUACGUGUAUCACUUGGUAGGAGCAAGCUUGCUGCCAAAGUAACAAAGAAAUUUAAGGAUAGGAGUUAUGGAAGCAGUGGUGCUACAUCAGGACUGACAUCAAGUUUAAGCUUCACCCCUGUACAGGGGAUUGAACUUUCAAACCCACAAGCAUAUGCACACCAGCUAGGCUCAGGAACUCAGAGUACGUACUUUUCAGAAACUGGGACAUUUUCCAAGAUCAAGAGAACAUAAAUAAAUCCAAGUCCUGAGGAUGAUUGAUUGUCAUCUUAAAUGAAUAUCAUGUGUUGAUAUUCUCUGCCUGGCCUGGAGCCCGUGCUUGUCAUCAAUCCUCUUAAAUGAUAGCCCGAUUUUUGUUUGCUUUUGUUUGAUGUUUUAUCUCUAGUUUUAUCGGAGUAUGUAAAUCUUGAAAUUGGAUUAACGAGAAUACCUACACUUUUCAGCUUUGGUUUACUUUUUCAUUAUCUGUAAUCUCUUAUUAAUGAGGUUUUUUGAAAAAUAUUAGUGAAAUGAAACUUAUUUACAAAA